UAGUGUAGUAGUACUGCAGUAGUUGCUAGUGGAACUCUGCAUCAGGCCGUGUUAUCGUCCAUGACAGCCUCGGAGAUACUGAGAGUGAGACGUGGAUUACUCGUAGUGGUUUUAGUUACUUACGUUGAAGACUAGGUAUUAGUAUUACUAGUUGGACUCGAGGCCACGAAGCUAGAAGGCGAACAGACUUCUCAGCUGAGUCAGCACAGUCAGAAGUGAGUCGUAUCCGGCGUAAACAUGGUAAAGGCACCAAUCAUUUUAUUCUCUGUGUAGCUGCUGCAACUGGGCUCCCAAGGCCAAAGGCAACGAGAAGAAUCGUUUGAGUGGAAGCCAGUGCAGUGUGCCCGUAAAUAUUUUGCAUAAUAUUGAGCGGAGACAUCAGUGACCCCAGUUACGGGUCCUAGUGUACACACACAGCACGAUGAGUGCUCGCAAUUGCUUGGCCGCUAUUAUUCCCCUGUUGAUAGUGUGUGUGCUGCAACAGGCUCAUUGGCAAUGCCAUGCACAGCUACAGCCCUGCAGUCUACUGGUUGGGUCAUUCAACAUCCAGAUACUGGGAAGGUCGAAAAUUUCCAAAACCUAUGUUGUCGAACAGCUGGUGAAGAUCAUCCGCCGCUAUGAUGCACUAUUCAUACAGGAGGUACGAGACAGCACGAUGGUGACUAUUCCUCAGCUGUUCGCUGCUGUGCACAAUGCCUCGUCGACACCGUUUGACUACAUUGUCAGCGACCGCCUUGGCAGAACGACCAGCAAAGAGCAGUAUGCCCUGUUCUAUCGGUCCGAUAAGCUGAACGUGUCGCGCUGGUUUGUUUACAACGACACCGCGGCGGACAUUUUCGAGCGCGAGCCAAUGGUAGCUGAGUUGGUUGGUGCCGGCCAGUGUUCCGACAUACUGCGAAGACCGUUCAGCAUUAUUGGCGUUCACGUCAAGCCGGAUGACGUUGUCGCCGAGUUGACUGAACUGGUUAAUGUUUAUAACGCAAGUAUCAAGAGACUGGGGCAUGGAGAUGCACUGAUAACAGGAGACUUGAACGCUGACUGCAGCUACUUAACCAAUGCAGAAGCUAACGCGCUCGGUUUGUUUACGGAGCGGCGCUUUCUUGUUCUGAUUGACAAGGAUGCAGACACGACGGUGGCUCAGUCCAGUUGUGCCUAUGAUCGCAUUAUUGUUGCUGGCUCUCACCUUCAGGACCGGGUCACUGCAGGCAGUGCACGUGCUUACCUGUUUGACACAGCGCUGGGCCUCAAUACCAGUGUCACUGAAGAUGUUAGUGAUCAUUAUCCUGUCGAAGUGCGCAUCGAUGUACCGCCUGCUCCUCUCCCCAGCGAAACUGCGCCCACCGUGGAAAGCACUGCCCCAGCCAGUGCCACCGUACAGGGUCCCACCAAUCAGACACUGCCGGCUAGCAUGGCUACCGACCCACCCAGGAUCACAAACAGCGCCAGUCAGCUUCACAGCGAGGCCAUUUUGCCAUUGAUCUUGGUCAGCUUUGCUGCCAUUGCCACCACUCUGUAGAGUGUGUUGUAGACACGCUCCCAGCACAUCACAUUCACUGCGUGCUAGCUGAACAGCAGACUCGUUCGUUUCCGUCUUUUCCUUGAAACGAUGCUUGAAGCCUUUAACUUGUGUUGUUUGCGUUAGCCUACCCGUAUGAAUCAGCAAAGAAAGUGUAUCACCGUGCAUGCUAAUAAUUAUAUUCACUGUUGGACGUAUCCUUCAUAACUCCAUAUUCUAGUCUAUUAUUUUUUAUCAGCUAAAAAAACAUAGUUGGUCAUCGAAGGUUGGUGUUUUUUUGUUUUUUUACAAAAAAAACACCAUUUGACGGCACAAAGUAUGAAUCAGCAAAGGCCCACAGUCAAUGCAAGUGUAUCACCGUGCAUGCUAAUAUAUUCACUGUUGGACGUAUCCUUCAUAACUCCAUAUUCUAGUCCAUUAAUUUUUAUCAGCUAAAAAAACAUAGUUGGUCAUCGAA